GUGUUGCCCUCUGACCCCCUACAAAGUCUUUAUGACUUGUGGCUGUCUUUGGUGGACCACCUGAACAUCAAGGCAUUCGUCAACCUCACCCUGGCAGACUCUGUACGACACGGAGCCCAGCACCUGCUCUUCAUCUCAUGCCUCGGUAAGUCCCAUCUGCUAGUCAGUCUAAUUCUACUCUUUUAAAAUGACACCCUAUUCCCUAUAUAGUGCACUACUUAUGGCCAGAAUAAAGAAUUUGAACUGUAUUUUUACUGCAUCUCCCUUAUUCCCCAAUGCCCACCUUUUUCUUUUUUGGAAUGAAUACUCAUGACAUAGGAAUAAGUUUAAGAUUAGUCGAUUCCCUCUUAUUUUCUGUAAUUGCGUCUUUUGUGAUUAACACUUCCUACCUACCCACUUCUAAUCAUCCAGGUGGAAUGAGACCAAACACUCUGGUUUCUAUGACUACUGUACCCCUGAGGACAAUUUCCUCCAAUCUUCCAUCCUCCUCUUGACAGGCAGCAGCCUGGCCAACCCAAGCUCCUCCAAGGACCCCAGGGAACAUCGCCAGGGCCCUCAGUUCCACUUCUCCUCACUACGAGGUGACAGCGAGCCCAAAGACUUCCGGCCGGAGGAAUAUGUCGUCGUCAUCGCAGACACCGUCAAGAUGCUGAAAAAUUAGACUUUAGUUCGUAACUUCUGCCACUUCGACUGGGAGGGAUCAGGGUUAAAGGUCACAGGGGCUGCUCGGGGGCCUUCUAUACGGUGGCCCCUGAAUCUCCUCCAUCUGGACAGUUGCGGCUACGUGGACACCUGCUCGCUCUUCCUGCUGCAGCUGGUGUGCGUACUGCACGAGUCUCAAGCCUGGCGCUGUACGAGGCUCCGCCUCUUCCUGUGCACAGAGCAUGGGAGGUGGAGCCUGCGGCAGGAAGCGAAGCUGCUUCUGAUGCUGACGGCGUUGAGGAUCUCGGCGGAGGGGCAGAUGGUGGCCUGGGACCAUGUGGUGACGCUACACUGGCAGAGACGGAAGAAUGGAGGGAACGAGAAGGGGACAGGAGGAGAGAAGGAA